CAAACACAGAUAAAAAAUACAAUUCACUUCAUUUCGCGUUUCUCGUCUUUUUGCAUUACAUACUUUCCGAAAAGAGAAAACGAGAUAUUUUGGAAUUCUACAAGAAAUUGUAUACUUAGUUUCCUUCAGGAUAAAUAUUAAAAUAAAUUAACAUUAAAUGGCUAACAAUAACUAGUGCGAGUUUAAGUACGCAAGUGUAAUGAAGGAAGUGAAAAAGUGUCAGAAACUUGUUUCCCUUUGAUGAAAUGACGUGAAAAUACAAUUUCAUAAACAUUUUAGUGGAAAUGUGUUUGUUAUUGUGCGUUUGAUUGUGUAUGUUCGAUCAUGAUGCAGUCAACGUCGGAGGGAUGUAUGAAUAUCGCCGAGCUAGCGAAUCAGCUGAGGCGAGAGAAAAUAUUUAUCAACUCUGAGAGGCAGCUGUUGCAGAAGCUCAAUGAGGAGGUUGAGAAGCGAGCUCUGGAGCUUCUGCAGGUGGCCUGGAUCUGCCUGCAGCAGCGGCAAAACCUUACGAAUUUAAUUACAUCAAGAUGUGAUGCUGACUCCAUAGCAUACUGCCAGAGAGCAAGUCACCUUGAACGAGCGAUUUUUGUGGAUGCCUAUAAAGUCUUGAAGUACAAGGAAGCGACGGCUCUAGGCGAGCUACUAGGAUGGCUCCGCGAGUCCCCUCACCUGGUGUCUCUCUGCCUACUCCUGGGCGAGGACAGCAUCCCGCCAAGUUUGCCGGUAGCGCUGAUGUCUGGGCUGUAUGGCAGCUGCCGGUCAGCUUCCGACAGGACCAGGUUCCUGGCCGUCAUCAGGUCUCUCAUCAAACACCAGAUGGCACCGUCCAGUGAUCCUAGAAAGUUUUUCCGUACCGGUAAAUGUGCGUUGUCGUCCCUGUACGCGGUGUACCGCGAUGGGCAUACGCCGGCUCGUCAGUUCCUGGUGGCAGUUCUACAGAACCCCGUGAUGGCUGUGCUGCACGAGGACGAGUUCUUCCUCGAUAUAGACCCUGAUAAAGCUAUGGAGAGGUUCUCACCAGCAGACCGCACAAAGAAAUUUGGUCAGCCAAACAGCCAGGAGUACGCAGCGAAGGUGGCUCGGUACCGCAAGUGGACCAUCCAGUCCCUCUACAACCUCACUACCAAGUUCAUCGUGGCCCUCAGAGAGCACUGGCCCAACUUCCCCUCCACCAUCGCCUGGAUCGUCCAGCAGAUCGUGCAUCUACUCAAACAACAUUCCAGAACAUCAGACCGCGAGCUGCACGCGAUAUGCACGGACCUCAUAAUGAGCCACUUCAUCUGCCCCGCGAUCGUGAACCCCGAGGCGCACGGCGUCGUGGAGGUGCCGGUGUCGUACAUCGCCCGGUUCAACCUCAUACAGAUUGCGCAGAUCAUACAGAUGCUGUGCCUAGCCAAGUUCCAGGAGGUGGACGCCAAGGUCCGCGACGUGUACGUGAAGUUCGAGCGGUCGUGCGUGUGGGCGCUGAUCGACAACGUGACGAGCGAGGCGUGGGCCGUGGCGCCGCCGCCCGCCGCGCCGCACGCGCACGCCGAGACGCCGCGCAUCGCCACCGACCACACACACCACACCACCGUCGCGCUAUUCACGCCGCACGACGCGCAACUACUGAUUACCUUUUUACGGCGUAUAUCUUCGAAGCUGAACAACAACACGCCGAGCGUGACGUCGGACGAACAACCCAGUGGGGCCGUCGCUGAGGCCGCGGCGCUAAGCAGUGAAACAAGCAGCGAGAGUUCAAGUAACGGCGAGGCGUGUGCCAGUCGACUUGCGACCUUAUUGCAGACCACCGAGCCCAACUACCGCAGCCGACUACAUGACUUGCUGAAGAAGAUGCCUGACCUCUCCAAGUAUAGGCCGACCACCCCACCGGAGUCCAAAGACCCAUCUCCAGUAGAGAACGGUCACUCCAGUAAGAAGAGCAUCUUGGCCAAGGUGCAGAGACCACGGCUCCCUCGCAGUGCCAGCUCCAACUCCUCACUGGCAUCAGCUGGAGACGACAAGCCCGUCAAUGGGACCUGCAAGGAAGAUGGGGCACAGGAACAUGUCGAGGUCCUCGUCAUCAAACUCGCUAAUGUUGAGGAGCAGGACUAUAUUGGCCUAGUCCCCGAGUCGAAGGUCCUGGAAUGCUACUACGGCGGCUCGGAGGCAGGGGAUGCGGAUGAAAAUGGAUCCGCCCUCGCUGUAGCGGGGCCUGGCGCGCCCGUACAGAAGCGGACCAGGUUCUCAGUAUCCCACGACGAAGUAUCGCUGGGCAACACAUCCGACAACUUGGAGGCGGUGUCAGAGGCCGCGUCCAACCACAGCGUCACCUCCAGCCUCGAGCUGGAGACGGAAGACCAGAACGAUAACUUGUCUGACAUGGUAUCAGCGAACGUGUCAGGUCGCGGCAGCCCCAACAUAUCAGGUCGCGAGACCCCCUCCUCGCAGGUGACGGAGGGUCCCCCGGCGCAGCCCGCGCACCUGCACCACCCCCACGCCAAGCUACUCAAGCAGACAAGGCACGACAUCGAGGACAAGUUCUGCAAGUUUGAGAUCAAGAAGUUGCUGGAGGGCGACGAGACGAUCAGCAUAAUGUCGGACACGUGGAGCACGGACGUGCUGGCGUCCGACUCCGAGACCAUCGGGGACUCCUGCGACCAGACGCAGGUCGCCGCCAACCACUGCCAGAGCGGUUGCAACCAGAACGCUCCGGAUGCGUCGGAAACUGCGAGCGAGUCCGCCUGGAGCAUGGACGUACUCGCUUCCGAUAGCGACCGGAAUACUGAGGUGGACACGGACGACUGCGUGUCGGUGGCGGCCCGCUCGGACACGUCCUGGCCGCGCCGGCCCUCGCAGCAAGAUGAGGCUCCCUGCAGGACCUGCAACCACCAGAACGGCAACGUGAAGCGGCCUGAAGUCAGCAGUCCCAGACAUACGUCACGUCCGAACUUAGCUAACAGGUCAGGCGGGUACCUGACGGCGACGGCGGCGCUCUCUCGCGGCGGGGAGCUGGACCUGUCGCACGCGCCGCCCUCGCACCACCAGUACAACAUCGAGAACAGGAAGAGUAUACUCGUCAAUGGAUACCCGGUGAUGACUUGCUACGCGACGUCAGCGCCGGAGAGCCCGAGUACUAGCGCGCCGGUACCAAUGCCGGGGGAUGUAUUCGACUACGUGCCGCAGAACAACGGUGCCCAAACGGAAUCAACAUUGGAAGCCAACAGUCAGUCGGACGCCACCAGCCAGUGGGUGGACGACAGCUUCCCCGCCCCCCACCACUCCCCCGACAGACCCUACCCCUCCACCUCCAAGUACGACCUCCCAUCCACUUCCAAACCUUACGACGACAACGACAUGAUGGACCGAUCGCUCAACUCAAGCGAGAGCUCCUUCAACGCGAUGUACGGCGGCCGAUUCGAUUCUGGUAUCGAAGCUGAGCGAGCGGAAUCCGAAUCGAGAUCAACGAUUACCGAUUUGAUGACUCGGAUGAGUUCGGCGACGAUAUCUACGUCGGCGAACCUUGUGAACAAUAUCACGUCUAGGAUUGUCAAGUCGGAGAUUCGGACAAGUAUUGUCAGCAUUUCGUCGUCUAAGAUCGAGAAGAAAAGAGAAGGCACGAGUAAUAUGUCGCUGAGUACGUUGUCCGUGAACAGUGCGGAGACGUCUGCGUCCGACAAGAGCUCGAGCCAGGACGUGAACUCCGACAUAGUGACGGAGCGCCGCGUCAGUCCGCCGCCCGCCAAGAACGUCUCCACUGGAGCUAUUCCUAAGAGCAUCAGCUUCGAUGCCACCGCUGAGAAGUCGCAGAGGAGACGUAUGGGCGAGGACGGUCUAGUGGGCAACCUGGACGAGCUGAAGAACAACGUGAAGCGCUCCGGCGGUAACUUGCUGCACAAGAUCAAGAUGUUCCGGCAGAAGGGACGCUCACACACACACCAUAAUGACGUAAAGCUACCAGAAGAAGAGAACAGGAGCGACGACGGCAGCCGCCCGGAGCUGGCUGCGGGCGAGACGUCGGAGGAGAUCCUGGCCAAGUACCGGCGCAAGUGCUCCACCGAGUCCACCGGCUCCAAGCACAAGCGGCCGCAGCGCCGCGUCUCCGAUGUACCGGACGCUGAGCUCGACAGGUGUGAAGGCGUGGUGGACCUGAACGACCCCGAGGUGUUCAACAGUAUGAAGCGCAAGUUGCGCAUCGUACUGUCCAACCCUGACCUACACUGCGUCGAGUUUGUGCCUAAUCGGUGUACGAGCACGUCGCUGGUGGAGUGGGUGCGCGCGCUGGGCGCGGGCGCGGGCGGGGGCGCGGCGGCCGAGGCGGGCGCGGCGCACGCGGCCGAGCUGGCGCGCGCCCUCGCCCCCGCGGCCGGGCUGGGGGCGCGCCUGGCCGCCGCGCUGCGCGCCGACCUGGCCGCGCGCCGCCCCUACGCCGCAUACCUCGCCUCCUGUCGCGCGCAUCUCGCGCACACUGACCACGCACUCGCCAGACAGAUAAAGCAGACCCGCGAGGAGUGGUGGUGGUGCGGGCGGGCGGCGGGCGCGGCGCGCGUGCUGGAGCUGCUGGAGCGCGGCCCGGCGCUGCGGAGACUGGCGCGGCACCACCAUCACUACUCGCACGCACACGCACACGGUGGUGAACUAAUGGAUGAGAAAGCAACAAGACUGACUGCCAGCAUCAAGGCCAUCACGGCCGAGGUGAAGGCAGACCCCUCCUGGGAAGGAGCGUCGGCCACCCUGCUGGAGAGCGUGGAGCUGACGGUGGAGCGCGCCGCCUUCGCGCGCCUCUACCUGCACGUACUGUUCCCCAACGGAGACGGAGACAUCGCGCGGGACCAGGUGUUAUCGGAGCACAUCCGGCGCGUGUCGUCGGUGACGUCGGCGCGGUCCGUGGGUAUCGGCGCCGCGCACCGCUGGGCCGCGCCCUACCCGCGCGCGCAGCGACAUCUGCGGCAUCUACCCGUAUACCGCACGCCACGGGAUAAGUUGUCGUGUAUAAUGCGGUGCGUGACGUCGAUAAUGGCGGUGCUGGGCCUCACCGAGGGCACCACGCCCUCCGCCGACGACCUCACGCCGGUGCUCGUCUACGUUAUACUGAAGGUGAACCCACCCUCACUGCUAUCAACGAUCGAGCUGGUGAACGCGCUGGGCGGCUCCGCCCUCCAGGGCGAAGCUCUAUACUGGUGGACGCAGUUCUGCGCCGCCGUGGCCUACAUCAAGACUAUGGAUUACCCGCGACCCGACAAUAACGAUACCUAGCCUUUACAUACGCGCCUGAUUUCAGCGCGUGUUCCGGACAUAAAAUUGGAAAUCAUUCGCCGCCGGCGGUGCCACACUGUGUAAGCAACGAUUGCAUACUCAUUCUACAUACACAUACAUAUUAUCUAGUACGGAAUCAUGUAAUCUUCAUUGUUCAGUAGUAAUCACAUUUAGAUUGUAUGGCGCGCAAUUAUAUUCGUAUAGGGAAAUCAGUGUAUAUACAUAAUAAUAUUGUAUCUGUUCAUGUGUAUGGUUUUAUUAAAUGAACGCCGUUUUCAAAUAUUUUUGAUAUGUGGUGAAACCAAAAGAAUUUUUGUAUGAAGAUGAUUAUAAGUUGUAACUUAUUAUAACAGACAUGCGAUUUGCUUUUUUUGUAGUGUCUAUUUUGUAUAGUCUAACUACAGUUGGCAUGUUCAUAUUGUCUUUAAAAUAUAAUAUAAUAAUGUUCAUCACAGAAAACGGUUUUAAUUGUAAUCAAAUAACAGCUUGGCUUCAAACGUUUGGCAUUCAAAUGUAACGUAAUCAUAACAUUUAAUAAAAAAAAAAGAAAAUCAUAAACAUUCUUAUGCAUUUCAUAUUAUAAUAUUUGUAAAUCCUCGAAUCAUUGCAUUUUAGGACAAACUUAUACAAUGUAAACACCAAUAAUAAAAUCAUUUAUAGAAUUAAAAUAAAAAGCUUCGAAUCGAUUGAAAAUAGAUAUUUUCUUCAAGUAAAGUGUACACAAAUGAGGUUAUAUAUCUCAAUAAUACAAUAAAAAAAACGAAGGGUUUGUUCCAGUACUAUGAUGUAGGUAAGAGUAAAUUAUAUAAUAUCGUGUAGAUGGUAGUCGUGGAGAGUAAAGUGUGCACUCGCAAACAUGUGUUCAAAGUUCAGGGCUUGUCCAGUUUGGCAGGCCCAUAAUACCAUACAAGAACUUAAUGUAAGGCGACCGGGUUCAGUCUGAUUUUCCAAUUACAUAUUCUAUUGUCCACAAUGAAGUUUUAAAAAUAUUUAAUUAAUUACGUUUAUGAACAUAAAUUAUGUUAUCUCACUAAAUUAAAUUGGCCAUACGUUUUGUAUGAAGUCAGAUUGGCCUAAAUCAAGCGUUUAGAUCGAUUCUUUUAUUGUAUUGUUUAAGCAAAUUGUUGUUUCAAUUUUAUAUACAAACUGUUUGUGAGUAUUGUAUGUAAAGUUGUGGCAUUAUUUAAAUACUUAUUGUUUUAAUGUUGAGUUCCUGUUGUGUUGCUACUGCUGAUAUUGUUCCGGACGCUAUAAAUACGAUCCUUCAAAAUUUAAUACAUACAGAAUAAUAUAUUUCGUAAAAUACUCCAGUAAGUAUAUGCAGGUGUCUAGGCAAUAUCACCGCUGGCAAUACACGGUCGUAUAUAAAGUUUGUGAUUAUAUUUUAUUUCCAUGUACCUGUUCACGACGGCAGUGUCUCUGCCGGCCCUCUUGCGCACUGUUACCUAGUACGACAUCUCGAUUGGUCUGUGAUUUUAGAGUUGGAUAUUAAAUACUCGAAAAUGUGUAUUUUUGAAAUUGAUUGUAGGUAUCGAAAGGUGUGAUAACUUGGUAAGUAAUAAAAUUAUUAAUAUCGAAAAUAAGAGGCGAUUUUAAUAAAAUAAUUUAUUGGAAAUGUGUACAUUUGAUAGAUUAGAUAUUGUGUAACUUAGUUAGGUUCAAGUAAUGAUAUCGAGGCGGUUAAACUCGCCCACGUAAGCUAGCAACCAUUGUAAUCAUUGAAUAAACCCCGUAAUCAACAUCAUCAACUCUCAUUACUUGUACUGUUGUAAGUUAAGUUUCAUUCGUUGUCUAAGCACCGGUUUACUUCGCACCCCGAUAUAAAAGACACUAUUUUUGAACUAAUCUAGUAUAUAACUGAAUCUUGUAUAACAGUAGUACCUAUGUAAUCGACUAGUUUGGUCCUUGUACCUAUCAAUUAAAUGCUUCUUAUGUACUGCCGACUCUAAAUAUACAGAUAAUUCAUUGUUUACUAAAUUGUCUUAUAUCAUAAAGCAUUUCCUUCUUAUUUUCAGUAUGAAGACAUAAAAUGUUUUAGUCUAUUUGAAUAUUUAGAGCUGGCGUUAUUAGGAAGCUUCGAAUUAUAGUAGCAACUAGCAAGUUAUGAAGGUGCGUGAACGAUUGGUACUCGAAUACUUAGAAACUGCAAAUGGCGGCAGGCGACAUAUUUUUUCUUCGUCAUCAAAGAAUGAAAUGGCACUGUAAUAAGAUAAAUAGUUUAAGUCUUUCACGCAUCGUUGUAACUUGAGCACUUACUGUCCAAAUAGCUUUCUAAUCUCUUGCCUAGGUAGUCAGCAGACAUUAGAAUAUUAUGUACUAACAGCUGUAAGGCUACGUGUCAUGUAAACAUGUACCUAAUGUAAUCAGAGCAAUGAAAUUAUAUUUAGCAAUAAUAA